AGCGGCGAAGCGAAGGAAAGAACCAUUGAAAGGGCGCUGGAAAGCUUGAAGAGAGAUCGAUAAUGGCGUGCGCGCAUGAUCACAGCUGCGAGGAUCACAACUGUUCUGCGGAAUUUUCUCUAUACAAGCACAUUGAUUUCUCGAAGGCUAGGGCAUUGAAUGAAGCAGUUGCUGGAAGUGUGAAAUCUGUUUUUAAGGCUUGGGAGCAUCGGUUGGAUAAUACAGAGGGUUUUUUGGAAAGCAAUGAUGGUGAUCCUGAAUUAAUUGUCUUCAUUCCGUUUACGUCAGAUGUCAAGAUAAGGAGCAUUUCUGUUGUUGGUGGUGCUGGGGGAACAAGUCCUUCAAAAAUGAGAGCGUUCAUAAAUCGAGAGGGCAUCGACUUUUCUGAUGCUCAAAAUAUGCAGCCUAUUCAGGAAUGGGAUCUAGUUGAGAAUCUUCAAGGAGUUCUGGAAUACCAGACAAGAUACUCUAGGUUUCAAAGUGUGGCUAAUCUCACUUUGCAUUUCCCUGAAAACUUUGGUGGAGAUACGGCUCAGAUAUACUACAUUGGUUUGCGAGGUGAAGCUACUCAGUUGAAGAGGGAUGUUGUAGCAACAAUUGUUUAUGAAAUCACGCCCAACCCUUCUGAUCACAAAACUCCAACUGAGAAAGGUGGCCUUUCGCAUGUGGAAUAAAUAUUAACUUUUGUGCUCUUGCUCAUAUACCAGGACUUCUACUAACCGAGAUGUUCCAUUUGGUUUUAUCUUAUGUGUGAGCCUUGACUUUUAUUAGACUUUUAAGCAUAAAGUGUAAAAUGGUGUGUUAGAAUAAGCAGAAAUUAUCUGUGCCUUUUGUUGAUAAUCACGAUGUGUUCUCUGUUUGAUGCUGUUAAAAAAAAGUAAAAGAAAACCUUGCUGAGCUUCAAGUAUGUCCAAGUCUCCACUUGCAACAUUAAUAAGCUAUUUUUUUACUCUCUUGUAUGGAAGCGAAACAAGGCAUUGUUA